AUGGCGUACACUCGACGACAACCUGCUCGAAAUGCUUUUACGGUUAAGCGAGCCUUAGUGAUAUUCCUGUGUGUGGCGCUAAAUGGCGCGCUGUUCACUCAAGCACAACCGCAUCGUGAACCCCGUUUGGGCUCCAAGUGUCAACAUGAUAUGGAUUGCACGGACUUCAUCAAGGGUAGCGCCUGCUCGGCGACCGGCUAUUGUGAGUGUGCACCAUAUUAUGUGCAAUACAAUGCCACCAGCUGUCUGUCAUCGCAACUUCUGGGUGGUGACUGCGUUCUGAACGAUCAGUGCACAAUGAAGGUGGCCAACAGCAGCUGUUUGGAUGGCGCCUGUCGUUGCGUCGAGGGUUUCCUGCAGUUCCGCAAACAUACCUGCCUUGGACCGGCUCUGCCUGGUUCCGUAUGCUACAGUCAUGCCCAUUGUCAGAUGUUUGACUCACGUUCCCAUUGUGAUUUCCUCAUACCAAAUCUUUUCGGUCGUUGCCAGUGCACUUCGCCUGCCAAACUUGUAGGUGGAUUUUGUGUGGAGGGAAAUGUUUUAGUGCCCACCGAAGCUGUAGCACCUGUGCCAGCACCAACUAGCACCACGACUACCACAACAACAACUUCCACAACGACAACCACAGCUGCACCAGUAACCACAACAACGGCGGCCCUUGCGGCAGAACCAGUGCGCUAUGAUAGUGUUGAGGAACAAUCGACUUUCGAUGACAUAGCCGAAUCUCCAGCUAAUUCUGAUGCCGAUAUGGAUUCGCCAACAACUACAGCACAACAGUUAUUAACACCUGCUGCAGCUGAUGAACAAUCACAUGCAGUAGCAGCUGAUGAAAUAUUACCACAAGAAACUACACCAGUCGCAGAUGAUUAUCCCUACAAGAUCGAUGAUGAGUAUGAUGGGGACGAUGUAGAAAAUCAGCAACAAGUUGAUGUCAACGGACAACAGCAACAACUGGAGGGAGAGCAGGUGGAGCAACUACCAGUGAAUGACGUGCAUACAGUAGAAGAAGAACAUAAGGAAGAAAACUUAGAGCAGCCAGAUCACGUGGCCGAGGAUCAUAAGCAAGCUGUUGAAGAGCCAGUUAAGGAAACUGCGCAAGCCGUACAACAAGAGCAACUGGAUCGUGUAACGGAAUCGCAUAUAGAAGCAGAUUUUGUGGAAACAGAGCCAAUAGAUGAAGCUGAACACAUAGCGGAGCAAGAACUGCUGGAUCAUGUAGCAGAGGACCAUAAAGAGUUUGAAGCAGCAUCGCCAGUUAAAGUAGAGCAGUCUGUUGAAGAACAAGAUCAGCUAGAAAAUGAAGAUCAUAAGAAAUCCAAUCAUAUGGAAAUUGAGCCAAUAAAAGAAGUUUCAACCUUGGAAAAAGAUGAACAGCUGAACCACGCACUAGAAGAUCACAAACAAUCAGAUUUGGCAGAAGAAGAGAAAAGUAAAGAAGAUUCAAAUGUAGAACAACAAUCAAUGCCAGCAGCAGAUGAUGCUAAUGUUGCUGAAGAACCAUCUGUUGCCGAAACAUCCCUUGACAAUGUGGAUAUAGUUGCUCACCCUUCAAACGAACAUGAAUUGGAAAAGGAACUUGUGCGAGACGAGCAACCUAUAAAAGCAGAGCAGAUUGUUGAAGAGCAAACCGAAAGUGGAGCUGAGCAAAUUGUAGAAGACAAAAUACCGAAUAACGAAGCACCACAAUUGUUCGACGAAUAUGAAUAUGGUGCAGAGCAGCAUACAACUCCAGCACAAGAAGAAAUCAAUAGCGAUUCGGAACAGAAUAUAAAGAAGGAGCAACCAAGCUUCGAUACAAUACCUGUAGCGCAAGACUAUGAAAUGGAACACGUUACUGUAGGAGCAACACAAUUCGAUGCAACGGAACACGUUGCCGAAGAGGAAGUGGUUGACAAUAUUCCACAGGACCCUCAAAUCAUUGAAGCACCUAAUGUUGCUGAAGUGGAAUCUUUACCAGACGAUGGAAAAGAAAAUCUUCGUCAGGAACUUGAAAAUAAUGACUCAUCUAAUGCUGCUCAAGCGGAACACCUUGUUGAGAAAGUGCCAGAAAACAUACCACAAGAUCAACACAAUAUUGAAGCGGCUAAUUUAAUGGAAACGGAACAUGUUGCUGAGGAACAAUCGCAAAACCUUCCAGAAGAACUUCAACAUAAUAAAGCAACUAAUGACGCAGAAAAUCAAUAUGAACAAACCGCUAACGAAAAUGAACAAAAUAUCGAACCAAACCCAGUACCACAAGUCCAAGAGGAAAGUUCAUCUUCCGCUGGAACACAACCACAGCACAGUGAGCAAAAUCAAUAUUAUGCUGAUGAGUUGUCAGCGGCCACAAUUUUGCCUCAUGACGCCACCGAUGCGCCAAAUUCAAUGUCAUCGGAACAACAAUAUGUUGACUUUCACCCCGAAAUGGAGAUGUACGAAGAUGUGGAGCACGAAGAAGAGAAUGCAGCAGACAUUGCCGAUGAUACGAUGAAAUUUGAUUAUGAAACAGCACAAGAUGAAUUCAAUAGCGAAAAUACUGAAGCAAGCAAUGCAGAUGAAGCAUUCGCCGUAACUGAUUCUCCUAAUUGGGCUCAAGAAUCCGAGAAUGCGCCAGUUGUUUCUGCCAUGACAUCGGAAUUCGAAGUGCAGCCUCAAGCACCAUCGUUUGCUGAGCAUGAAAACCAGAAAGAAGCGCAGUCGGAAUUCAGCCAACAGCAUUUGGAAGAAAACAAAGUUGGCGAAGCACAUGAAACUGAAAGUGAAGCGCAACUUGCACAGCCACAGCCGCCACGGGCAGAUGACAGUACUUCAGCGAUAGAAGCAGAGCAAACCGAAAAUGUGGAAAAUGAAAGUUUUACUGCUGUUAAUGACUUAAACGCAAGCAAUGUAGACUUCGAGCCGGCACUUACAGAACAAGAGCACAACAACAAUGCGCAGAUUACCACCAAUGUUGAUGAGCCGGAGGAGGUAUCAGCCGCAAUAACGGAGCGAAUCGCACCAGAAAUGCAGGCGGAGAACAUUCUUCAACCUGAGGAUCAACAAGCUGAACCAAGCAACGAUGAGGAAAUUGUAAACGAACCACAAAUGCCAGCACUCGAUUUUGUUGUAGAAGAAAAUUUAGAUGAGCAAACUAACAAGAACCAGGAAGAUAAUUUACCAGCACACCACGAACAGCAUAAUGAAGAUGCUUUCGGAACAACUGGAGCUGUAACUGAGGAAGUUAAUUUAGUAGACAAUGAUGGAGCUGCUAGUGAGUUAGUUCAACAAGUUGCGGGACUUACACAUGAUCAUAAUGAUAACAAGCUUACCCCUGACACUGUAGAAAUAACGAGUGCACCGAAUGCCGCUGAAGAGACAAUUGUACAAAAAGAAAAUGAGGCUAGUACUGAUAAUCAAACUGAUAAGCAUAUUGUAGAAGAAGCUGCAAUUGUUGACGAAUCUCUAGCAACGACCCAAUCGCCGCUGGUCCAAGAAAAUGACGUUGAAGCUGAAGAACAUAAUGAGAUUAUCCCGUCCGCUGAAAUCAACAAAGAUAACAUAGAGGCUGAAAGCGAAACUCACACGGUGAGGAACGUUUUGGAAGAUGGAAAUGAGUUAGGAAUAAAUAAGGGUGAUGAUAUGAAGCCAGCUGAGCAGGAUUUCAAGAAUACAGCAGCAGAAAUGGGACCGAUCCCUGAGGCAAUCUUAGAAACUGAUAAUGAACACGAUCAUUUAAGAGUUGUGGAAAGUGGAGACGUGGUUGAACAAACACAAGAAGCAGAACAAACCACGUCAGAGAGUACAGUAACGGCAGUGCAUGAAAACGCCAUUGACGACAACAAGGCUGUUGAAAAUCCAGGCAAGCUUGAGCAAAUUCCAAAUGUUGAAGAAACUAUUCCACUGGAACCACUCAGCCAAACUUCCUUUGAACAUAUCAAUCCUAUAGAAGCAGACAAUUCUAUUGGUUCGAAUGAAGAAACCGCAAAUCUAUCAGAAACAUCUUUAGAAUUAGCGCUUAAUGAAAAUUCUGAAAAGGACGCCGCCACUUUGUUACCCGAGUUAGACUAUGCGCCGGUUGAAAGCUACGAAAUGCUUAAUAACGCACAAAACGAGCAUACCGGCGAAAUGCUGGGCCAUAUUGAUGACCAGACAGAGACGAAUUUCAUUGACUUUAAUGAUCAUGACGCGUCGCUUCCACAAUCGUUGACACACACCGACGUUUAUAAUGAAUCAUUUGAGGAACACGAAUCGAUUGCCGAUAUACUUAGCGAUCUUAUGUCUGAGGACGUAACUACAGCGACUCCAUUAGAAGCCGUCACAGAGGUAGAAGGCGUCAUAUCACAGGAAGAUUCUCACGGUAAUGAAAAAGAAGGUAUCAACGCACAGCCAGACGAGACUGUGGUACCUGCAUCGGACGUAAUUUCAGCUGACACCAAUAUUGUUGAAGAAAACCUAGCAAUGCCACCACAGAUCGAAACCACAGAGACGCAUGAGACCCAUGGCGACAAAUUAACCUUCUACCCCGACACCCAAGACUUGAGUGUACAGGCAAGCAAUGAUAUAGAAGCGUCACAACAAUCACAAUCCGCUACACAUUUCACUGAGCUGAAUGCUGACAGCAACACCAAAGCAGAAAAUCUUGAGGAAACUGACCACACAUUAUCACCUGAAGAGAUGCCCUUUGAUUUAACAUCCAUUGACGAUAUACAUCCGCAAGAAUUAGAAUCGGACAGUUUAAUAUUGGAGACUACUACUGCCGCAAAUGCAGUUUACAACGUGGAAGAAGAAGCCUCAGGCGACGGCGCACAAGAAAUCCCCAAUGAGGAAGCGACCGCAACACCUGGUGAUAUCGUCGAAAUUACCACACAGACUAUGUUGGGCUUGGCUAGUCGUGUAACGCUAAUGGAACCAGCGGCACCGAUAGUUACAACACUUAAACCACUGAUGACCGAAGUAACGCCAGAGAGCGAGGCAACACCCGAGCCAGUAAAAGAACUACCAGGCACAGAGAGCAUCUUGAGCGUCAAACCAAAUACAGAAAUUCGUAAACGUGUUGAAUUGGGUACGGAAGCCGUUUCACUAGGUCUGACUUGCAUGAAUGACAGGCAAUGUCAACUGGCUGACCCUAAUACAGUUUGUAACACGCGUGGCGUAUGUGACUGCGCAUUGUCCGACACAGCAGCGGAAUCGCAAUGCGGUGCUCAGCGUACAGGUUGUGCCCCUGGAACAUUCCAGUGCCGUUCCAGCGGCGUGUGUAUCUCCUGGUUCUUUGUGUGCGACGGCCGUCCAGACUGCAAUGACGACUCGGAUGAGGAGUGCACAUUUAACGCGCGUUUAAAUCAAACCUGUCCACAGGAGGCGUUCCAAUGUGAGCGUAGUGGCCGUUGUAUUUCGCGUGCCGCGAGAUGCGAUGGACGGAAGCAGUGCCCGCAUGGUGAGGACGAGUUGGGUUGUAAUGCUGUGAAAGCGGGCACAUGUCCGCCACAUACCUUCCGUUGCAAGAGUGGCGAAUGUCUGCCUGAAUAUGAGUACUGUAAUGCGAUUAUCUCCUGCCGGGAUGGCAGCGAUGAGCCGCCACACUUAUGUGGCUCCCGUUCGAUGCCGACUUUCUUCCUGCGUCUGCUGAAUGCCGGUGGCCUGCUCGAGAACGAGGAUGCCUAUUGUCCGCAUCGUUGUAGCAAUGGUCGCUGUCGCUCGACGGCAAUCGUUUGCUCGGGUCGUGACGGUUGUGGUGAUGGCACCGAUGAACAGACCUGUUCCGUUUGUAGAUGUCCGGCGCCAAAUAGCAACAGUUUACCUAACUAUCUCGCCAGACAUCGUCCAAUGCCAUUGUGGUAGGUGAGCGCCACCUAAGACAUGCCCACGCCUGCUACUCCAGCUCGUUUGUGGGCAAUGUGACAAAGUUUUGAGCGACAGUUCUUUCCACUUACCGUGCUGAGCAGCAUGGAGCUUUGGCACAAACUUUACCGUCGCUGUAACCACUCGCGCGUACAUCCAUUUGAAACGCGUUUUCGAUUCUCCAUGCGCCUAAAAGUAGUUAAUAAGUUUAUUUAUUCUAUGCAUAAAACUAUGUCUUAUCAUUACAACUAAAUACUUCGAAGCAAUUGCCGCCUUGCUGGCGAGGGACAACGAUUAUGAAGUGGCAAGCCAUAGAUUUGCUUGUGAAAGUGCAAAAUUUUGUUUUCAUAAAUGAAAUGCAAAUGUUCAUGCGCAUGCGUGCAAAUUCUUUGACCCAGUGAUGUUGGCAAUUGCUCUCACACCCAAAUACUACCACAAAAAUUAACCAUUCACGACACUUUUAUUUAUUUACAACUAUUUAUUCUCAUUUUUAAUUUAAUUUUUUCAUUUCCUGCAUAAAUUUUAGUUAGUAGCAUUAAGUUAAAUGAUGACAA